AUGCAUCUCUCAGCAUGUCUGUGCAUUGUGCUUGUUAGCUUUUUGGAAAGAGUGAGCUGUUCAUGUCCUUCACAGUGUACCUGCGAUUAUCAUGGCAGAAAUGACGGAACGGGAUCAAGGUCGGUGCUAUGUAAUGACCUGGAUAUGAAUGAGGUCCCUAUGAACUUCCCCGUGGACACUGUGAAGCUACGUAUAGAGAAGACAGUCAUCCGCAGAAUCCCGGCAGAGGCCUUCUACUACCUGGUGGAGCUCCAAUACCUCUGGGUGACUUACAAUUCCGUGGCCAGCCUUGAUGCCAGCAGCUUUUACAACCUAAAGCAGCUGCAUGAGUUGCGCUUGGAUGGAAAUUCUCUGGUUGCUUUCCCUUGGGCAUCUCUGUUGGACAUGCCCCAUCUGAGGACCCUGGAUUUGCACAACAACAGAAUAACCAGUGUGCCAAAUGAGGUGGUCAGGUACCUGAAGAACCUUGCCUACUUGGAUUUAUCAAGCAACAGGCUAACCACACUACCACCAGAUUUCCUGGAGAGCUGGUCCCACUUACUUACAACAUCAUUACGAAGCCUGGACCUUACACCACGAAGAAUUAUUCUUGGUCUGCAGGACAACCCUUGGUUCUGUGACUGUCACAUUUCCAAAAUGAUCGAGUUGUCAAAAGUUGCUGACCCUUCUAUAGUGCUUCUUGAUCCACUGAUGAUUUGUAGCGAACCUGAGCGCCUGACAGGGAUUUUGUUUCAGCGGGCUGAGUUGGAGCAGUGUCUGAAGCCAUCAGUUAUGACCUCGGCCACCCAGAUCACAUCUGCUCUGGGUAGUAACGUUCUGCUGCGGUGUGAUGCUACUGGCUACCCUACCCCACAGCUCAUGUGGACCAGAUCUGACAGCUCACCAGUUAAUUAUACAGUAAUUCAGGAAUCUCCAGGGGAAGGAGUCAGAUGGUCCAUAAUAAGCUUGACUGGUAUUUCUUACAAGGAUGCUGGGGAUUACAAAUGUAAGGCCAAAAAUUUGGCUGGAAUGUCAGAAGCUAUGGUUACUGUGACAGUGGUUGGUGUUGUCACAACCACCAUAUCAUCAGAGACCUCUGAAAGAACUGGAGAUCACCCUGAGGAAGAAGUCCAGCCAAGAUCCAGAUCUACAUCCCCGCCUGGUUCAUUGUCACCUUCUUGGCCUUCCUCCUCCCCUGCUUCUUCCAUUUUUCUUUCUAAUUCUACUCCAUCUCCUCCCCCCUCUGCUUUCUUCUCCUUAUCUCCUUUCCUCUCCUCUAUUGUUUCUUCAACCACAGCUAGAAACACUGGAAUUUCAACAAGCCCCACCAUGGCCAGCCAGCAGUCACUCCAGUUCCACCCAGAUGGGAAAAGAAAUUUAAAGGUGGAGUUGGGUGGAAGUCAGCUUCCUUCAGGUAGUGCAAGUAGAAAAGAAGAGUUGGCAUUGUUGGAUGAAGCAACGCCAGUGGAAACAAAUACCACAAUAGAGAAUCUCAGGGUAGUUGGUGAGACUGAAGAGAGUGUCACAUUGAUGUGGAACACUGUCAACACCACACAAAAGUCUGAGAUGACAGUGUUGUACUCCAAGUAUGGUGAAAAGGACCUGCUGCUGCUGAAUGCUGACUCCAGCAAGAACCAAGUAACCAUAGAUGGCUUGGAGCCUGGUAGGCAAUACAUAGCAUGUGUCUGCCCAAAAGGAAUACCUCCCCAGAAAGACCAGUGUAUUACCUUUUCUACUGACAGAGUUGAAAAGGAAGGUGAUUCUCAAGUGUCUUUCCUUGUUGUGGUGAGCGGUACCGCCUGUGUUGUUGUCUUGCCAUUGAUAUUUUUCCUGUUGUACAAACUUUGCAAACUGCAAUGUAGGUCAGAAUCUUUCUGGGAAGAUGACUUGGCAAAAGAAACUUAUAUCCAAUUUGAAACCCUGUCCCCCAGGUCUCAAAGUGUAGGGGAGCUUUGGACGCGAAGGCACAGAGAUGAUUCAGAAAAAUUGCUGCUUUGUUCUAGGUCAAGUGUAGAAUCUCAGAUGACUUUUAAAAAUGAAGGUUUGAGAUCAGAGUAUUAUUGCUAAGAUUUUACACAUGAACCCCACAAAAUUUCUUCCAUGCAACUAAGGAUUGAGGAUAUAGUCGGCCUUCUGUUUGGAUGACCUUUUGUUCAGACUUUCAUUUCCUCUGCGAAAAUCACAAAUGAAGAGCUUUUAACUGUGGUGUUUUUUUUUUUUUUUAAUACCAUGUGAGGGGCACCUGGU